ACUAUUUUCACCAGUGCACAGUUGGAAAAAUUGGAACAGGCAUUUCACGAAGCGCAUUAUCCGGACGUGUAUCAAAGAGAACUGCUCUCGUUAAAAGCCGCACUUCCCGAGGACCGGAUUCAGGUUUGGUUUCAAAAUCGUCGGGCGAAAUGGCGUAAAACAGAAAAGACUUGGGGGAAAAGUAGCAUUAUGGCUGAAUACGGAUUAUACGGCGCGAUGGUUCGACACUCUUUACCGCUGCCUAAGACCAUUCUGAAGUCAGCCAUCGAAAAUAAUGAUGAAUCUUGUGCUCCAUGGCUACUCGGUAAGUUACAGUGCUUUCCCCAACACCUGAUCCGUUUCAACAGGUGA